AGAGAGAGAGAAAGAAACUGCUGAGAAACAUUUGACAGUUAAAGUAACACGGCCUGUGUGCGCAGGCAGAUAUACAGUUGUUGCUUUCAAGGGAUCUAUGUGGACCCAGAAGGGAAUACAACCAUCACAGCUUUGUUGACAUGAUGGACUUUCAUCUAAGAUGCAGGACAGAGUUACCUCUAAGAUGAUGGAGGACAAAGGCGAAGUAUGUCAUGUGAUGGAGGAGUGUCAGGUGGAUGUGCAGAUCAGACAAAACAAAGCUCAGCCACAGCAGGCCAACAUCAACAGACCCAACUGGUCAAAUGGUCAGUGUGUUGUGGCGAUGCCAAGCUGUUCAAUGCUCAGCCCGAGCUUUGAUCUGUCUCUGUGUCGUGCCAAACUUGAGAACGAUGGCUUUCAGAUUCCAUUAAGCGACAUGGAGGCUCCACUGAAGACAGCUCUGGACGUUCCCUCAGUCAAGAGAUACCUAGUUUUCAACUCCGCUCUCUUCCAUUUUAUAAUGGCACCGUUGCUGUAUGUGGUGCUGUGGUGCGCCGUGUUCUCCACCCUCCACCUCUAUAUCACUGUCAGUGACUACUGGGUCCUCUGCCUCUCUGUCAGCCUUGUUUCCAUCUUCCUCACCACCGCCAUCAUCUUCGUCCUCCACUACAGUAACAAGGAGAUCAACAUGAACGUAGACGUUCGGUUAAUCCAGGUGAAUGAGAGGUUGGUGAAACACAAGCUGCUGGUUGCCGUGGCUGACUGGGUGCAGUCCUGCACUGGAAACAUGAAGCUGUACUUUGUGUUCUGGGACAUGUCCCGCUGUCUGAGGGCACUGACUGAAACUUUAGAGGAGGGCAGCUUUGUGGAGAAUGACACCCAGAACAAACUGAAGAGGAAAUUGUCGCAUCUCGUUCUUGUGACUGAAGACGCAGCUGUUGACCCCGAGGUCGGAGGGUCAGAUGAGGAGCAGGACUCGAGUGAACAGAGGCCCCUGCUCGGACAUGAAGAUACUGGCUGCAGUAGCUCAUCCAGCCAGAGUGAGGGCGCCAAAGUCACCACCAACUACAGCCUCAUCCCUGAUGCGUCGUUACCUGCUCAGGCUAAAGCCUACCAGCUUUUGAUGACGUACAGCGCAGCUUAUGUGAGGCUGCUGGUGUCUGAGAGGCUAUCAGGACCGUCACACUAUCGCCUACGCCCCCGAAGGAAUCACUGCUCCACCGCCCAUCUCUGCCUCUGCCAGUACAUCAAAAAGAAGAUCCUUAGAUAACAGAAGCAGAGUCAAACCAGGAACUUUGAACUUGUGGACUACACUCUUUGAAAGACUUUUGCUUUGCCCUUGAACAGACAAACUGACAUGUAGGAGCAUUUCCUUUGGAGCAUUGUGUUGUUUUUACAUUACAUUACAUUACAGUCAUUUAGCAGACGCUUUUAUCCAAAGCGACUUACAAUCAGUAGCUCAAAGCUUAUAUUACAUAUCGUUACAUAUCAUUCACCCAUUCACACACUGAUGACAGGGCUACCAUGCAAGGUGCCAUCUGCCCAUCAGACUCUAACUAACAAUCAUACAACAUCCAGUCCAUACCGAUGGAAAGCCUUCUUGCCCAAGGACACAUCGACCUGGACUGCCGAAGCCGGGUAUCAAACCAUCGAUCCUCUGAUUGGAAAACUACCCUGCACUCCACUGCGCCACGGCCUUGUUUUAAUCAAGUCAAGGACCUGUUUGGAGCUUCACAUUCUUGAUUUCUGUCUACAGGCUCCUGUGUUGCUCUGCUCACGCCAGCUCUGUGUUUGCGCCGUUCAUUCGGUCCUAACAAUCUCUGCACUGUGCCAAACGCUGUCUGAUCCACUUGCUGUAAAACAAGAUUUGCACUUGUAUACAUGACAAUCAUGGCCUUAGUUACUGUUACAUUGUUAGCUAUUGGGAUUUACAUAAACAAAAUGUAUGAUAACAUGAUCAAAUACAAAACAUGAAUAUUAAACUAGUGGUUUCAUAUCUUUUUGGCUUUUGACCUUUUACUAAAAGUGAAAUGUCUUUGAGUUGUCAACAGUUUAUUGUUUCAUCUUAAUAACAGUUCAAGGCCCAGGGAUGUCCAAUUAUUAUUUAAAUUUACAGGAAAAGCGAAAAUGGAAAUACCACAAUGUAAAGAUACUCUGUACUUUAAGGUAUGAAAAGAAAAAAGAACUGCAUCAUUAUUAUAUUUUAUAUUCUUGGCUUUAUAUUUGUUUACGCAGCUUUUUCAUGUUUCAGUUGCUAGAUUUAAAGCGACUUUCACCUAAUUUAUAAAUGUAGUUUAAUCUGUAACAAUGUAUCGUAUUUCCUGAAUGGAUCACGUUUUGAGUGUAGAACCUGAAUUCGCAAAGUUCAGAGGACAAUAUUUAUUUGAGGUAUGUUUUUAAUGUAGUAUGAAUUAACAUUAAUUAGAAAUGCUUAAUUAAGUACCUCAAAAUUGCACUCAAGAACAGUACUACCCCAUAUCCACCACUGCAGUUGGAAUGAAGGACUUCAAGUAUUUCAAGUUGUUGUACUUUUGCUAAAGUUAUAUUUGUCUGUCUGUCUCCUGUCACCACUGCUUGGAAUUUUGACAGAAGCCGACUUCCCUUGAUGCAGCUGUGUAAUGAUGCUUAAAGCGGCUUAGCAUGAAUCAUUGACUUAAGUUUCCUGGAUAUAUCAACUGAAAUGUCAGCAACAGAAGUAUAAUCAGACUGUGUUUGUUUUUUGUGUUCUCACACCUUCACUUUUAUGUGUGUAGGUGGAUUAGAUAUCUUUAUACAUUUGUGUGUGCAGGUUGCUGGGUUUCUCACAUAUUACCAACGAUUACCCAUCAGUCCUGGUGCUGUGGCUGAGAUGACAGCCCAGCAAGAGAGCUGCAGGAUGACACAAACACACACAGCGAGACAGCAAGCGUGGCUGACCCAGGCCCAGGGGGAAGCUGGGAUUGUGUGAUGGAGGAGAGAGGCGUGCAGCGUGAGGCCAAGUUAAACGAUCUCAGAGACGCUGACUGUCCUCAGGAGGCUAAAUGGCCAUCUGCGAUCCUGCACACACAGGCUGGCUUAGCUCCCACCUUUAGUUCCUCCCUCAGACCUCUUUUCCAUUGGCCAGAUUGUUUGGUUCCAUACUUCACCUUUUCACAGAUAAGAUUUAAAUUGACUGUAAGAUAAAUCAACGUGAAAAUGUUUUCAGCUAAAAAGCUCUAAAAACUCACUUUAUAUAGACUGAAUUUCGAACUUCAAGUGAACCCAAACAUGACUCCAAAUGAAUAAUAAUGCUGCUCCAUAACUGCUGGAUGUGAAUAUAGGCAGAUGUUCGCUAAGAUGUUCACCAUAUAAACUUAGUAGGUGAUGAUAUGUCAAUAUUGUGUUCACAACAGGAGCAAAACGCAGGAGAAGAGAGAGAAAUAAGGAAAUAAAACGACAUAUUAACUGUUUUUAUGGUCCGAUUUGAAAUGUCAAAUUAAGAGUGCAGUUGUUGUAGUAUUCUCAA